GAGUUAACCAAUUGGCGCGCAUACUUAAGACUUUUCAUGCAUGGGACAGGUUCGCCUGGUUCCAUGAGGGCACAGGGCUGGGCCAUGCAGGUAUAUCACAUCCUUGCUUCCACUACCUUUCCUUCCUUCCUUCCUCUUCUUCUCCCCAUAUGUGGUAUUCGUUUAGUACUGACUUGCAUAUGACGCUUCUCUUUUCCAUCUAAUUGUAAUACUGGUUAUCAUAUGUUCGUGGCCCUCCUAGCAACAGGAAAUACGAGCUGCGUGCUGCCUAUUAAACUGCCCCAAUACAUGAAAGAGAACUAUCCAGACAUCAAAGGCGCGAAUGUCUUAUUCCAGGACGAGACGGGUAUUCCUAUUUGGCUGCCGAGACGGGUUUAGCCCAGGAGAAAUAAACUCGGGUCCAGAUAGGCUUAGCCUUAAGCCAAGGCCGUAUCAAGGGUUGACAAGCUCGCAUCAUCAUCUCCAUCCCGUGCCCGAUUAGAGACCUGAAAUUAAGCCGAUCAUCCUGGCCAACCAAAGCCCGGAGAUGGUUAAUAUGGCGGCGCCGCUCCUGGAUGGGUUGGAGAAUAUUUAACGUGGCCACUUCUCCGGCUGCUUCCUGAGGCAUUGUUCGCUAUGUUGACCUUUCUCCCGACUGGUAAGGUCUUACAGGAUGUCUCCGUGGCACCUAAGCCGACAUAUCCUUUCUUUUGUACUCUGGUUCUCUUGGCCCUGUUUGAUCCGGACCCAAACAACCUCCACCAGUCAUGGUCAUUCCCACGUGGGAACACUGGUUCAGGACAAUCCCGUCGGCAUUCCAUCCUUGACCUACGACUGUGCCAAGUUACCUGCCGUCUGCGACGACAUCAAUGCUCGGUAUUCGUUACGGCCUGUUCAUGGGGGGGUUCGGGACACGGCCGAUAACAGCACUGGCUAUCACAUUUUGGACCCGGAUAUGAAUCCAACCCACUCGCGUUCCGCAGUGGAUAAAGAAGCCCCUACUACAAAUUCAGUAACUGCCACCAUUGCGCCGAGGACGGGACCUCCUCACGGCCUUGAGCUUCGUAUCCUGCCCGUCGGAGCUUCAAUCACGGUCGGUUAUCGGAGCAACGAAAAUGGCGGUGAUGGCAAUGGUUAUAGGCUGCAGCUUUUCAAGGACCUUUCCCAUGACUACCAUGUCAUCUUUGCCGGAACUCGGUCACAGGGCACUAUGAAAGACGGUUACUUCGCAGCAUGGACGGGCAGAACAAUCGAAGAAAUCGAGAAACUAGUCCCACCCUCACUUCAGCAACGACCAAAUAUCAUUCUCAUCCACGCUGGGACAAAUGACAUGAGCUCGAACCCAAAGAUAGCCCAGCAAGGAAAUACCCCAAACGGUGCUGUGGAGAGGCUAGGCAACCUGAUUGAUGAAUGCGUUGCUGCAUGUCCUGAUGCGACUGUCCUUGUAGCUCAAAUUAUCCAUACCUGCCGCAAAGAUGGAUCAGAACAACGAAUAGAGGAGUUCAAUAGUCUGAUCCCCGGGGUUGUAGGGAAGCGAGUAGCGGCUGGCCAUCACGUCAUGGCAGUCAACCUGCAGUCAUUCCCACUUGAUCAGCUUCAUCAAGAUGACUGCAUUCACCCAACAAACAAGGGUUACAAAACCCUAGGCAGUAUGUGGGCACGGGCUAUUCGAACGAUCCCCGAAGACUGGGUGAAAGCCCCAGUCGGGCAUGACCCGGUACGGGCCAGCGGUAAAGCUCCCAGCUUGAAUAUUCCUUGUCUGCCUUGGAUGGUGGUGUGGAUGGCUGUAUCAUAUUUCAUUCUCAAAUUAGAGGCAAUAGGAUCAUAAUCCAAUCCUGAGCAGCUCUGCAGUGCAAUUAUUGGAAUAAACCUUGCAUCUAAUGCCAGAACAUAGGACAAUUCUGUUUUAAUAUAUCUUCAAAUGGUUUAGCUCU